AAGCUGAUAUUGAAAUUUGAAAUCACUUCUAACAUUUUUAAUUUCUUGCAUUUAAAUCAUUGUUAAAAUAACAAAGAAUAACUUCUUGUUUUCUUAAUUUAUUAUUAUUAUUUUGAUUAAGAAUUAAUUCAAUUUUGACAGUUUUGGUUUUAGCCAAUAAUCAAAAUCUCCACAAAUUCCUCCAUUUUAAAGCAUAACUUUAGCAAAAUAACUAAUUAAUUAUCAAUCUUCCAAUUGUAACUUCCACCAUAAUUCAAUCACUUCAUUUCAAAUUCAAAUCUUACUCUCUCUCUCAUUUCUCUCCCAACAAAACUUUGUUAUUGUAAUACACCAAAAACUGUACAAUCAAAUGGUAACUUAAAGAUUGGCCUUUUUGGUUCACUUAUCUUUCUUAUAUUCAUAGUAAGUUUUUCAUUUUAUCUUCGAUACUUCACUUCAACAUUACCUCCAAUGCAAAAAACGAGUGUUGUUUUUGACAUGAUGAGUAUUACCUCGAAAGGUAAAGGGAAUUGCAAGAAGAUGUCGAGACACAGAAAGCGCUCCUUGCCACAAGCUAAAGAUAUUGUUGUCGAAAAGAAGACGACGAUGAUGGAUAGUUCAAGUAGGCCACAGUUUGAAGAUGAAGAUUAUAUUGUCUUCUGUUUCAAAGAAGAUGGAGCAUUAGAUGUUAUAAAGAAUGGGAAUAAUUCACAAACUUCUCAUUACAUUGAUUUGGUUUCAACAAGUUCUAGACCAGUUAGUAGGAAGCUUAAUUAUAGUGAAUAUGACAAAGCAGCCAAAAGAUACAACAACGGAGAUCACAUUAUAUCACCUCAAAAGGAAGAUGAAGGAGAAGAAAUGAAGAAUAUUCACAUGGAUAAAGAAGAGAACAGAAUGGCAAAUCACAACCAGCUGAUAGAUAACAAUUCGAUUGUCGCAGUGCCUACCGAAUCAAGUGACUCAAAUUAUUCAGAUGUGGCAAGUCACAACCAGAUGAUUGAUAACCAUCCAAUCGUGGCAGUGCCUACAGAAUCAAGCGACUCGAAUUAUUCAGAUGUUAGCAACGGAUCCUUCGCGUUUCCUGUGUUGGGAUGGGAGUGGAGUGGAAGUCCAGUGCAAAUGCCAAAAUCGAAAGGUUUGCAGCUGAGAAAGCACAAAGUGGGGUGCGUAGGAGGAUUUCUGUUCUGUUGUAAAUUCUAAAAGAAAUUAGGAUUUCAUUUAACUCAAUGUUAUUCAAAUCAUAAACAAGAUUUUAGUUUGUUUUUA